GGCGUCUGAGGGGCGGUGGCGGGGGCCGCCGCGGUCCUGGCUGAGCCCGCGGCGCCGGCAGCGGGAUUGCGGGAUAACCGCGCCGAGCUGGCCGUGGCGGGGAGGCGAAGGUCGGGGCUGGCGAGGAGACGUGCUGGAACGCGUGUAUUGGACGUGGGGCUAACGCCAUAGCACGUGUCUACAGUGGGGAGAGGAAAUUGGGUUCCCAACCAAACUCAACUGUGUUCAUGCAAACUUAAGUAGUGCAUCUGUAAGAAAUAUGGAUUUCGGAUCACAUUCCACUUUAAAUGAUGGUCUCAGCCUUCCCCCUACUGAAGAAUUCCAGCCUAUUUGCAAAAAAAUAAACCAAACCCAGCAGUAACACAAAGCAAUGUUUGUUGGUCAGCUUUUUCAGAGCACCUGCAAAAGACGGGAAUUCCAUCUGGAUCACAAGAUAAAGUUUCAGUUAUUGAUUCUGGACCAGAAAUGGCUGAACCUCAGUUAGCUGUGGAUCCUGUAGCAACAUCAAACUUGUCUGCUAAAGCACCUGAAUUCUAUCCAUCAGGGUACAACCAGAACUUCAAUCAGAAUGUCACAGAUUCUUCCUUUGAUGAUAGAUGUGAUGGCUAUCUGACCCUGGCAGAGUAUGUACAAGACUUCCUAAAUCACCUCACGGAGCAACCAGGUUGUUUUGAAAUGGAAAUAGAACAGUUUGCUGAAACACUGAAUGGCUGGGUUAUUGCAGAUGAAGCUUUACAAGAACUUGUUGAACUUAUCUAUCAGCAGGCCACAUCUGUCCCAAAUUUUUCAUACAUGGGAGCACGGUUGUGUAACUAUCUAUCUCACCACCUAACCAUUAGUCCACAAAGUGGGAACUUCCGACAGUUGCUGCUUCAAAGGUGUCGAACAGAGUAUGAAAACAGAGAUGAAGCAACCAAAGGGGAUGAGACUACUAGAAAACAAUUUCAUGCCUUUGUGCUGUUCUUAGCUGAACUUUAUCUUAACUUAGAGAUUAAAGGAUCAAAGGGACAGGUUACACGGGCAGAAAUUCUUCAAGAAGGCCUUCGGGAAUUACUGAAUGCACUCUUCUCUAAUCCUGUGGACAGUAAUUUGAUAUGUGCAGUGAAACUGCUGAAGUUGACAGGUUCCGUUUUAGAAGAUGCCUGGAAAGAAAAAGGAAAGAAUGAUAUGGAGGAAAUUAUUCAGAGAAUUGAAAAUGUUGUGUUGGAUGCAAACUGUAGCAGAGAUGUGAAACACAUGCUUCUGAAACUAGUAGAGCUGCGAUCUAGUAACUGGGGUAGAGUUCAUGGAACAACUCCACAUGCAGAAGCUACCCCUGAAAAUGACCCAAACUAUUUUAUGAAUGAACCAACAUUUUACACUUCUGAUGGCAUUCCUUUCACUGCAGCAGACCCAGAUUAUCAAGAAAAAUACCAAGAGCUGCUUGAAAGAGAGGAUUUGUUUCCAUAUUAUGAAGAAAAUGGAGCAGAUCUGUCAGGACCUGGAGAGCUGUAUUUUGAUGAGAUUGAUGAUGAGAUGGAUCCAGAAAUUGAAGAAGCAUAUGAAAAAUUCUGUCUAGAAUCAGAACAUAACAGAAAACAGUGAGAUGUUAUGUAUUAAUGUUAGUUUAUUUAACCACUUUAGGUAUGGUUAGAGUGAAGGGGGACACAAAACAUUUGUACCAAAAUGAGAAACUUGAGUUUCUCCAAGUACUAAAGUUACACAAUUUCCAUUUUGUUUAACAGAACCUGCCAAAAAAAUGUAAACUUAAGCCCUGUAACUUAAAAUGUUGUGUAUAUAACAUAGUUUAUUUUGUGAAAAAUGUUUUUGAACAAUGUUUUGGCUGCAAUAAAAAUUAUUUAAAAGUUAUAAUUGAAAUUAAAAUUUAAUGGGGAAAUGUCCCAUAAAACUUCCCUUGAAGAAGAAAGGGAAAGAAUAAUAAUCUGAAUUUGCUUGCUUGUUUGCUUUAGUAUAUAUUGGGAUUUACUCAUCCUUUUUACCAUAUACAAUAUAUCUUGCAUUUACUUCCUUCACUUCCCCCCCAAGAAGAGUAUGAUCCAAAUAAGAAAGAAUUUUUUUUUUCCUGUAUAUCACAAUCAUGAAAAGUGGCUUGUGAAAGUUUUGUGUAUGAAUUUUUCUUUUGUUCAUUUCCUUUUUCUUCUUCUUUCAAAACACACAUGGUGAAGUCUGGACUUUUCUUUUUUCCUGGAAUAAAUGUGUUACAUGUUGAUAUGUGAAAAAGCAAGCAGUAUUUUGGAAGUGAGGUGCUUUCAAGAUCUUUGGUUCAGAUAAGCUUAUUUUCAAAUCUACAAGAAAAAGCUAUUCUGUAAUUUGUUGUGUUCUUCAAGGCAAUAGUAAUACAGUUGUUUUCUAAACCAUGCUUCUCAAGAGUAUGUGCAGUGCUUUUUUUCUUUUGCUUUUUUUUUUCUAGUAAUGUAUCUAACACGUCUAACCUUUCCCAACCCUUGUAACUUUCUUUUAUUCUUCUAAUUUGAUGUAGUUUGAUUUAAUUUUGUAGUUGGAGUAAAUUCAUAUAUUUCAUAAAUGUUAACAUUCUGAAGCCAAUUGCUCUUUUUUUGACUCCAUAUAAUGAUGUUAGUUUUCUUAGGAUACUCCAUUGUUGUUGUUGCCAAACUCAGUUGAACUGUUUCCUGCUACCUGUUGCUGGUUAGACUUGAGUAGAAAUCCUUACCAAAAACAAACACAAGUAUUUCCCAACAGUUACGUACUCUAAAGAACACGCAUAGUAAAUAUGCAUGUAAAUAAUUCUGAUAAUAUUUCACUGUUAUUUGUUUGAUUAAAUAAGUUGUGCAUCUGCUAAUAGAGUAAGCAGUGGCUGUUUUCUGGAUGUUUAUUUAACAUACUUAUUUAGUUUGGAGUUUUGGAAAAUAAAAUUUAACUAGCUUUAUUUCCUUUGGUAUAAUA